CAAUUCAUAAGUUUUAACGAUUUUUAAUGAAGAAGGAAAAAUAUAUCGCCUGCCCAAUCAGCGUGUCACAGAAAGCCAUUCCGAUUACACUGUCCACUUCGAGACACAACAAUGGCCGCUCUCGUCGGUACGUGCACAUGCAGGACUUGCUCGAAGGCUCGAAUGACAAUCGAGAGAAUCUUCAACUUAUUAGACACAUACGGCUGGUUGUUAGAUUCGUAUGUGGUGGAUUUCUUCCAAGAGCAACUAUGGGAGAGACUACCGGACAAUUGGAAGACCGUUCUGCAAACCGUGUCACCCGAGGAGUUUGGAAAAUGGCUAGCCGGAGACAUCUCAUGCUCACGCAUAUGGCCGUUGUCACUGCUCGCACUCCGACAAGCUGCAAAAUAUUUGCAGCUAAACAGAGAUCAUCGAAGUGAUGAGAGUGCUUGGCGAUGUGACAGAGGAAAGAAGUUUGAAUGCAAUUCGGAAAAUUUUGUCUUGGAAAAUAAAAAUAAGGAACCGCACGAUACAUCUCAUCAAACAUCCGCUUUAAACAAACAUAAUAAUCUCUUCCUGAAACAUAUCAAAAUAAAAAAACAACACGAGAUACAACAGAUAGCGCGGAUUUGCGCGGAUUGCGCGCAAGAGUCCAACACAAAAUGCAUUGUAGAUGUGGGAGCGGGCGUGGGUCAUCUAGCCCGAUCUUUAGCGUUUAAAUAUGGCCUACGCGUGAUAUGCAUCGAACAAGAUGCAUUAUUAUCACAGCAGGCCAGGAAACGGGAUAAAGAACUAUUAAUAUCCCUAUCUAAACAUUUGCCCGACUUGAUAGUAGAUGUACCGCAACACGUAUCAAUUAGGCUGGAAAAUAAUAACUCCGAUCAAUCAAAGACAGUCGAGGACAUGCAACAAAUUUUCUAUGAUAACUUCAAUUUGAAUGAAGAGAAAUUCAGAUUUGGCAUUGUAGGGCUGCAUCCAUGUGGAGAUCUCGCAGCCACGUUACUGAGACUUUAUACGUCUCGAUGCGAGACAAAAUUUAUUUGCAUCGUGGGAUGCUGUUACAUGAAGCUGACAUCGCAAUAUACAAAGGAUAUUUUAAAUGGAUACCCGCUCAGUAAAUAUCUGUCGUCAUUUGCAAAACAUAAAUUGUCCUAUACAGCCUUAGAAGUGGCAUGCCACGCUAUUGAGAAUUACUGCGACAAACUGAUGACUGGGAAUUAUGAAGAUUUAAUAGUUCAUGCAUAUAGAGCCAUUCUAGAAACUAUUUUAAUUAAACGAAACAGCCACCUACGUCACACACAAGUGAAGAAUGUUAAAGUGACGAAAUCUCUUUCAACAUUUCAACAAUACUGCAUGGCCGCAACCGCAGAUUUCGAACCAAAUUUCCGGCCUGAGGAUUCAGAUUUUCAAAAUCCGCAACUAAAGCUUUAUCUAAAUCAGUGGCAGCAGAUCGUGAUAUUCGGAGCGUUACGUACUAUGUUGGCGCCAUUAGUAGAGACUGUAGUAUUGUUGGACAGAUUUCUGUAUUUAUCUGAACAUAAUUUGUCUCCCAUAUUGAAGCCUAUUUUUGACGCUAGAUUAUCUCCUCGCAAUUUUUUACUAUUUUCAAUGAAAAUUGAAUGAACAAUCGUUUUGUUAAUUAUAUCUAAAUAUUUUUUAUAUAUUUCUUUAUAGAAUAAAUAUACCGAUGAGAGGAAUUUGUUCCGAUGAUCUUAAUCUUGA